AUGGUUACAGAUUUCACAAAUGGUAAUGACACUCAGACCUCAAAUUCGAAGUCAUCAAGCUCUUUCAAACCCACGCUCAAAGCUUCUGGCACCUUCCCUCGGAAUGGACCAGAUCCCUCGGCAAGGCCAUGGAGUCAUGACGAGUCAGGAAUUACGUUCUCUGCCCAACGACGACUACCAAAACAGCCACUUCCGUCGCUCGAGUCGUCUUGCGAGAGGUACCUCGAGGCAGUGAAGCCGCUGCAGUUGACAGAGGAGCACAAAACGACUGUCGACACAGUGAAAGACUUCUUGAGCGGUGAAGGCUCAACACUACAGGCACAGCUUGGGACCUACAAUGAGAAUCAUGUGAACUACUUUGAGCAUUUCUGCUAUGAGGCUUUCCUAGGGGAUGAUUCGCCUGUCGUCCUAAAUUCCAACGCCUUCUGCUCGUUCAUCAAAGACCCAACAGCAUCUCGGAAUGAUCAAAUCUCGAGGGCGGCAUCUCUCGUGCGCUCAACUGUCACCUUCUCUCAAAAGAUUCGAAAUGACGAAUUACCUCUCGAUGAAUUCCGUGGUGUACCACAAUGCAUGAAUCAAUACUGGUGGCUCUUUGGGGUGACAAGAAUACCUGAAGACGACGGUGGAAGACUAAGAAUGGACGUUGAUGCUACACAUAUCAUGGUCAUGUGUCAAGGGCAGAUUUAUAGUCUUGAAGUGCUGGAGGAGUCUACAAAUAAAAUCAUCAACCAGGCAGAUCUCUGUAAAGCCCUGCAAGACAUCGUAGAUGACGCCAAUGCAGUACCUGUCGACCUAGCUUCAAGAAGUUCGAUAGGGGUCUUCACAACAGAGCACCAGAAAGUGUGGGCUCGUUGCAGGAAAGAGCUCAUCCGUGCCGGGUUACAAAAUGGUCGAAGUAUUGGGCUCAUAGACUCAUCGCUCUUUGUCCUCUGUCUAGAUGACAGCUCCCCUGAGACCGAAACCGACAUCUGCCGUAACAUGAUCUGUGGUACGGACAUCGUCAAGGGUAGCGUACAGGUCGGCACAUGCCUCAAUCGCUGGUAUGACAAGCUGGCCAUUAUCGUUUGUCGCAAUGGCGAAGCGGGCAUGAACUUCGAACACACGUGUACUGAUGGCUCUGUCGACAUCGCCAUGGCUUGUGAGAUCUACAAAGGCUCUAUCCUACACAACUCAUCUACGCCUAAGAACAGUAGUACACCCGCUACAUCGUCCACCCUUCCUAUUACGAACGGCAUGUCAAAUGGCACCAUCUCUUCCGUCCCAACGAAAAUGCGCAAGCUCACAUUUACUAUUCCUGACGCCCUUAUGAAAGACCUCCUUCUCGCGCAGGAACAUCUUGCAACACGAAUCUCUGCGCAUCAACUCUCCACGCUUCAUCAUUCCAUCUACGGCAGUCAAUUCAUCAAGUCGACCGCCAAAGUGUCCCCAGACGCUUUCUUCCAGCUUGUCCUUCAAGCUGCACAUUACACUACAUACGAAAAGGUGGUGUCGGGCUUUGAACCAGUACUCAUGCGACAAUACUUGCACGGUCGUACAGACGUCAGCCGGACGACAACACAAGAAGCCUUGGAUUUCGCGAAAGCAUACCAUACAGCUCAAAUGUCAGGUGGACAGGCGGUAAGCUUUGCGCAUGUCAUCACACUGCUGAAGAAAGCCGCAAUCGCACACGCCGACUUAAGCAAACGCUGUGCAGCAGGGGUGUCACAUCACCGACACCUCUACGUCUUACAACAACUAUGGAAACGUCGGCGAGCGUUCAUGGAGGUGAAUCGCCUGAAAGACCCGACCACGGAAAAGCCUACGAUCUUUGAGGAUCCAGGUUGGAGCAAGCUGAACACAACGGUGCUGAUGGGGAGCAAUGUUGAGAACGACUGUCUGGCCUAUGCUGGCUUUGGGCCUCCGAGUGCAGAUGGGUUCACGGUGUGUUACUUCAUUAGGAAGGAUGAAAUUGCGAUGAGUGUCAACAGCCGCAACGGAGAGGCGGAUAGGUUCAUGAGGGCAAUUGAGGGGGUACUGGUGGGGUUGAAGGACAUGAUGGAGGAGCAGUAA